AUGGACUUACCAGACAUCGUCCAAGCUCGUGUUUCUACCUUGGAGAAGCAGCUUUCCAAAUGCAAACGUCAACUUGUGCGUUUGUACUACUCAGACGAGUGCGAUCGGUUCGAACAGUUUCGUGAUGAGGUGUUUAUCGGUAUUCUCAAAGACACAUGUACUCUGGUGCACGAAGCGGAGCUCGUAAGGGCUCCGUAUCUCGCGGAGCUGGCAAAAGCAGCGGACAAUAUACUUGAUGACGCUAUUGCCUACUCCCAUGGAAGACAAAGUGAUUCAUCCGGGUUGGAGGAAGCCCUAUACGAUCUCAUGCCUUCUUGGGCCCAUGACGACGCUCAGAAUCGGCCACUGGUCCUGGACAAGGACGCGGCCAAGUUCCCGCUUGCUCAUGCUGCCCUUGAAUCUCUUAUGCAGCUUCCGAUUUUUCAAAUGCGCUUGGGUCCAGGUGAAAUCAACGAAAUGACAACGAAAGCUUGGGAUCCAGCUUUGAAACGGCAUCCCAAGUCAACCAAACUGGCCCGGUUUCGGACCAACUCUUCUCUGACACGCACCACCAAAAGACCGUUGGCAACCCGUGUUCUCGAUGCGCGCUGCGAAGUAUCUUCUUCGCGAUGUUCGGUCCCUAUCAGGUUUCUUACAGGGCUGGAUAGCACGUUCCUGGCGUUGACCGGAAUGCGCGGGGUUAAGAACCGCUCGCCCGCACUGGAGCUUGCAGAUGUCGCUUCUCAUGGUGUUAUUGACGAGGCAAGGCGGUUGAUAUUCUUGGGAGACGAUGAUCGUAUCAAGUCGUAUGAAUGGGGAUCUUCCACCGAGGUUUACGAGAACCUGUUUCCCGUCCACACUUUGGAUACCAAACAUUACCAAGGCCCAAUGAUGGUUCUUCCUGACGGAUCUGUCGUCCGUGCAGGAAAAGGGAAUGCUGGCGUAUAUAAUAUCGAGUCCCUUCCCACACAUGGCGAAUACGAGAAGGGAAUCAUAGGGAGGAAAAUCAAGAGCUUUGAUACGAGGCGAAAUGACCCAGAAAAGAUCGAGCCAUCUUCGGGUUCAGCUCCGACCUCACACAUCAAAUUCCUUGAUUACCCCGAGUUCGAACCCAGCACCUGGCAGCCCCUCGUCUCAUCUCCUUCAACUGUCGUAUGUGCUGAAUCUGCUCGCAAAGGAGGUCGAUAUAGCUGUAUAGUCAUUGACCUGGAAACGGGAAAGACAGCCAUGCACUACCUCGGUCACAACGCUGCUUGCAACGAUGGGUUCGCACGCCUAUAUGACACUAGAUACUCGCUUCCUGUUGUCACCUUCCAUGCCCGUGGCCAGAACGAAUUCUGUGAGGCUGCUGCGCUCGCCCAUCCAAACAACAUUCCAAGAACGCACAAGGCAGAACAGAUCAAGGUGUGGGAUGUUCGCGCUCGAGCGUGCGCCUACGAAUUGGCAACGGGUAACAAUGCAGUACGAUCCCUUGCAUGGGACGCCUCAAAUAACAGCCUCUACGCGGCCACCAAGUGCAGUUAUGUGAAUCCGUCUGGGCAGAAUCGCAAAUAUCGACCCGCGAGGCCUCUGAAUAACCAGCAGAGGCAAAUGGAAUAUGAAGACGAAGACGGGGAACCAGACGAAUACUCAGGCCGCUGCUGGCCUAUCAACGCUUGGCACAAGGAAGACUAUUUCGGUUAUACACUUGCGCCCAAAAAGAUUGAGCCACGUGAGCUCAAAGCAAUGACGCUCACGCGUCACCCGCACGAUUGA